AUGAUAAAUAUCGAGAAUGACAAUUUUGAAUCAGUUAAUACCAAUGCCAAAAGGGCUAAAAUAACUGAUUGCAUGGAAAAUGAAACAGAACAACUAGGACCAGGGACUUCAGGUUUCAACAAAAAGCCAUGCUUAAAAAACGACCUGGCUAUGAUGUUAGAUUCGUCGAGUGAAGACGAAAGUCAAGAUGAGCCAGAAAAUAGUAGCGUUGAAGCUGUAUUAAAAAAAGAGUUACUUGCUUACCGUACUAAAAAAAGAAUAAAUGUGAGUGAAAAUCCUUUAAACUGGUGGAGUGUACAUCGAGGGGAAUUCAAGGUGCCACACGAUGAGGACGACGCUGCUAUGGACGAGGUGCUGGACCUGGCGCACGAGUUCCUCUAG